GAAAGAUGGAGUCAAUGUAAGCAUUCGAUUUUUCACAUUCUAAUCUAUGGCUCAGCUGUGCGAGGACUUUUGGAUCAGCAUGAAGCAGCCUAAGCUCUUAAAAAUUAAUAUUUGUGCUAUAUUAUGUGCAUUUUUGGCUUUCUUUGAAUUUUGAACUGCAUAUUUGAAUCAUUAAGACUAUUUUUCUCUUAGAAAAUUAACAUAACAUUUAUUUUGACCACUAUUGUAGCAAAACUAUCGGACUGUCAAGUAAAGAAUCGACAGCACCCGAGAGAAUGCCUGAGUUUGGGUUCAGGAGACGUAACAACAAAAGGUUUUCGUCUAAGCCAAACCCCUCCCUUAUCAAAAAUUUCAAACGGAUGAAGUUCAACCAGAUGCGGUAUGACACCAUUGAUUCGAUCCUUAAUGGAGACAAGACUUCUGCUAGGAUUAGUUUCAAGUCAAGGAACCCUUUGAUGGUCCUUAACAAAGGCCCGUCUAAAAAGGGGAUGUUUGACGAUAUGAAGAAAAUCAAUCUCCAAACCACCAGAAAACUUAAAAAGAAGAUAGAUCUUUUCAUUGAGCCGUACAACAAGGUAAACAACACCCACUUCUUCAUGAGGUUUGGUGAUGAUCCUUACCCCAGACUGCCUCAAUGACUCUUCUCCGAAGGAAUAAAAACCUGGAGAAAAAUAUCUACAUUCAUCUUGGAAGAAAACAAUUCAAGCUUCAAUAACAAGAUGAGUAAAUUUAAUAAUGAAGAGUUUUAUGAAAUGAAGCGCAGGAUCAAGAAGUCUCGAGAUAUUCUCAAGAGACAACGGAAACUUAAUAGGAGAGGAACUAUCAGAAAUUGCAACAACUUCUUCAAGAUGAAAUACUCCGGAGGCACAUUAAAGAAAAUUAAUAGAAUUAAGAUGAAGGGAGGAUCUCCUUCAGUGAAAUCUUCCAACAUGAGCUCUGUUGGUCAUGAAGAUAAAGAUGAAGACUUCUUCAAAUGUGUUGAGUCUGAGAAACUUAAUUCAAGCGUAAUGACACAAAAUAACAGUAACUAUAUCACCGAGGUUACUAGUGAGAGUCAGGAGUUCUCCUUCGAGACUUCUGAAGAAGAGCAAAAGAGCCCAAGACAACGCCAGAAAGCUAUCUCGUUUAAGAAAAUCAGAAAGAAGAACUCUAUUAAGUUCGGGAACCAAAAGAAAUAUAAAGCCAGAUCCGUUAUUAAGAGGAAAAAGACCAAAGCUUUUAAAGAAAAGUCUAAGUAUCUGAACUCUUUCUUCAAGCCCAAACUCCAAGAUGGCCCUAUAGGUGCGAGUCCAAUGCAGAGACCCUCCAGAUUUACAGAGAAUUCUAAUAAAGGAAGUAGGAAAUCCAUAUCCUCUCUCGGACUUCAUGCACAAGAGAGUAGUGUAGGUGACAACAUGAAGGAAAUCUUUUUCAAUUUCAAGACGCAAGAAUUCAAAACUGAGAAGUCAGUAAAACUCAACUUCAAUUUAUUCCAGAACUCUGUUAUAAAGGAGGAAAAGCCGGUUCCAAGGGGUCCCAAGAAGUUACUCAGAAAACAUAUCAUGAAUUAUUUUUACAAGGGAAACAAUAUUUUAACAAAGAAUAUGAAAAUUUUGAGUCCAAAGAAUGAUCCAGCCAAAAGAGUUCAAAAUUCUCGAUUGUACACUGAUAGACCAAGAUUGUUUGAUUCUAUAAAACAAUAUUCAAACCAUCCUCAUCAAGUUUCCAAUUCACAGAAGGAUAUCAAAUAUAACCCAAUUCAUGAAUUUGAGGGAGAAGUUGCUCUUCCAUCAGCAGAGAAGCCUUUGAACAUCACUAUUGAUACUGCUAGGAUUCCUAUUAGGCCUCUUAAGGGUCGUUUGACUGGGAGAAAGAACAUCACAAAUGGCAUUUUGGCUAAUCCAAGGCACAAUAAGCAUGAAUCAAGGCUAAAAUUUAACAAAAGACUUACUAAAUAUGUGAAGAGAAAGCUCAAAAGUUCCCAGAAUAGGCGUCGAUCCAUAAUAUAGCUCACAAUAAUCUCAGUAGCUCGUUGAUCAACAAA